AAAGGGGCCCCGGUCUUUCCCUUCAUUUCAUCCGAACGCUGUCGGACAUUGUUGUUGUCAUGAAACAGAAUCAUAGUGUAUGUUUUCUCCAAAGAAUAACGAGCCGGCGAAUAUCAUUGGAAUUCAAUCCGUAUUGUCUCUAAAUCGACUACCGAGAUAUGUCUGUGAAACGGGUGACAUAUGUAAUGAAUGGGGAAGUGUCGAGGCGUUACUUUACUUUAACAAGUUAACCGUAAUCUGGUUACGGGGUUGACUGAGGCAAGGACACUGGUUGAGGUGUUAGGUGCCUGAAUAUAUAUAGAAUUUUUUUUUCUCUCUUUUAUAACAGUCAGCUUGAUCGUAAGGAAACUGGCACCGUGUGAUCAGAUGGACACGGACAUGUUGGGGAAUAACGAUCUGUACUCACACAAGUAGGACCUAAUAUUUGUUUUCAAUGUGGAAUUCUAUUUUUGCUUGUUGAGUAUUCAGAUAACAUAUUUGAUCGUAUUUAGGCGAACAUAUUAGGUAAUCAAAAUAUAUUCCAACAACAAUUGGACUAUAAUUAGAAUAGAUAUAUUUUUCAGAAAAUAACCUAAUAUUCUCGAAACAAUCAUGUCAGACUAUACACAGAGGUCUCUGCCUUUUUGUCAGCGGCUGAGUUACGCUGUGGGACACUUUCUGAACGAUCUGUGUGCGUCUAUGUGGUUCACCUACCUGCUGGUGUACUACCACUCCGUGCUGGGCUUUCAGAACACCUAUGCAGGUGUGUUACUGCUGGUGGGGCAGAUAGCGGACGGGGUCUGCACACCCCUUAUCGGCUACGAGUCGGACCGGACGCCGGGGUGUGGGACAUACGGCAAGAGGAAGACAUGGCAUUUAGUGGGUACGGUCAGUGUGCUGAUGUCCUUUGCAUUCAUCUUUAAUCAGUGUCUGGGGUGUGACCAGUACACCUCUCAAUGGGUCAGCCUGACGUACUUCAUCCCAUUCAUCAUCAUCUUCCAAUUCGGCUGGGCUGCCACGCAGAUCUCACACCUGUCACUCAUCCCUGAGCUGGUGUCCUGCGAACACGCCAAGGUGGAGCUCACUGCUUACAGGUACGCGUUUACAGUGAUGGCCAAUAUAACGGUGUACGCUGUGGCCUAUCUGCUGUUCCACUUCCAGACCGGAUCAGACGAGGACCCCUCUCUCACCGAGACCCUGGGGCCCAUAGAUGUCCCUAUAUUCAGGAACCUGAGCCUCAUCGUGCUGGGUAUCGGUGCUCUUUUCUCUGUCCUCUUUCACCUGGGCACACGGGAAGAGAAGGGGGGAUCAGGGGAAGAGAAGAGGGAAGAGGAGGAUGAUGAAGAAGAAAAAGGAGAGCGCCGGCCCCUUAUCCCUCGCCCUCAGGCUGUCGCCCCUGUCAAGUCGCUGCUGAGGUGGAAAUGCUGGCUGAAACAGCCUGCCUUUUACCAGGUAGCGUUUCUCUACAUGUCCACCAGGCUGAUAGUGAACGUGUCUCAGACGUACAUCUCCAUGUAUCUUACCAACACUCUCAUGUUGCCAAAGAAAUACAUUGCCACUAUUCCCUUGGUGAUGUACGUCAGUGGCUUCGCUUCCUCUUUCAUCAUGAAGUCUAUCAGCAAACUCAUCGGCAAAUGUAUGACCUACUUUGUGGGCCUGCUGCUGAUCAUGGCCUUCUCUUAUUGGGUGUUGAUAGACGACCAGAUGGGUGACCGGAUCUACGGGGCGUCCGUCCUUCUAGGGGUGGGGUCAGCUACCAUCCUGGUGAUGUCACUCUCCAUGACCGCUGACCUCAUCGGGGACCAGACGCAAAGUGGAGCGUUUGUUUAUGGGGCCAUGAGCUUCACUGACAAGGUGGCCAACGGAGUAGCUGUUAUGAUGAUACAGACUCUACACCCCUGCCAUUCUCAGGUCUGCUGUCCAGCGUGUGUGUGGUACUACCACUAUGUCAUGGUCAUAGCAACAGGGGGUGUGGCCGUUAUAGCGGCUCUCAGUCUCUGUACCAUCCUUGUCUGGCCUAUCAGGAUCGUCCGCCACUCUGGCAAGAAGAACCAACACAAGGAGAACAUAGACAACCCUGACUACACUCAGGAAGCGGGGCAGGGUCUGCCUUACAUCUCAGGUCUGAUGGGCAGCGAGGAUCAGGACAACUCUGAGGACAACUCUUACCAGCCUAGACCAACGGUCAACUAAGGAACUACGGUGGGCAGAGGUUGACAGAGUUACCUGGACCCUACUGUAGUAGAGACCAGCCAGUCCCACUUGUCCCUGGGUGAAUAACCACUGCAGAACCCAGCCUGUCUCUUCAGGGAUGAUAGUUUAGCUCUGCGGCCUCUCCAGGACUCACUCAGGCAUCUUAAAACCUCUCAACUGGAACAACAAACAUUUUAGACUGAAAAGUCAUCUCACCGUAGUGUUCACAAACAGCCAACUGGACUAGCAGUCUGAACUUUCCUUCUGGACCUGACCAGUAGCUGUUCUGUACUGUAGGGGAGUUGGGUUGAACAGCAGCCAUCAGGACCCAUUUCUACUAUAGAUCAAUACGUUGCUUUGCUGUCGCAGAGUAUCGGUCAAUUCAGUGUACAGCAUUACUGUCAACAUAACAAUCAACAUGAGGGAGGUUAUACAGUAACACAGUCCAUUGUCUCUCUCUCUCUCAAUCAGCACCUUCUCACAGUCAUACUGCAGUUGAUUCAGUGAGUUGAUUCAGUUGGCUGAUUAAUAUAAAUUAUGUUGAUUCAGUUGGCAGGAUUCAGUUGGUUACAUUUACAUUACAUUUAAGUCAUUUAGCAGACGCUCUUAUCCAGAGCGACUUACAAAUUGGUGCAUUCACCUUAUGACAUCCAGUGGGACAGUCACUUAACAAUAGUGCAUCUAAAACUUAGGGGGGUGGGGUGAGAGGGAAUUCAGUGGGUUGAUUCAGUGGGUUGAUUCAGUGAGUUAAUUCAUUCAGUGAGUUGAUUCAGUUGGCAGGAUUCAGUUGGUUGAUUAAAUUAUGUUGAUUCAGUUGGCAGGAUUCAGUUGGCUGAUUAAAUUAUGUUGAUUCAGUUGGCAGGAUUCAGUUGAUUGAUUCAGUGAGUUAAUUCAUUCAGUGAGUUGAUUCAGUUGGCAGGAUUCAGUUGGUUGAUUAAAUUAUGUUGAUUCAGUUGGCAGGAUUCAGUUGGUUGAUUCAGUGGGUUGAUUCAUUCAGUGAGUUGAUUCAGUUGGCUGAUUCAGUUGGCAGGAUUCAGUUGGCAGGAUUCAGUUGGCUGAUUCAGUUCAACGGUGCCUAUAUCAUUGAGUAAGUCGCUCUGGAUAAGAGCGUCUGCUAAAUGACUUAAAUGUAAUGUAAAUGUACAUAUCUACAUUGAUACACACGGGUCCAGAAUACGUACAUACCCCUCUUGAGAAAAGUCAGAUAAUACACUAUUAUACCAUCUGUCGUGAAUGUCCAAAAACAAUACAUUAUGCUGAUUACAGCCCGCUGGGCUUACACUGGUUGAAUCAGCGUUGUUUCAAUGAAAUGACUUUGACCCAACAUGGAACAGACGUUGAAUGGCCGUCUGCCCAGUGGGAGGUGACUUGUCAUCAGAACAGCUGUUGUUUGGAGGUAAGUUGUCUUCCCAGUGGGAGGUGACUUGUCAUCAGAAUAGCUGUUGUUUGGAGGUAAAUUGUCUUCCCAGUGGGAGGUGACUUGUCAUCAGAUCAGCUGUUGUUUGGAGGUAAGUUGUCUUCCCAGUGGGAGGUGACUUGUCAUCAGAACAGCUGUUGUUUGGAGGUAAGUUGUCUUCCCAGUGGGAGGUGACUUGUCAUCAGAACAGCUGUUGUUUGGAGGUAAGUUAUAAUAAUAUAAUAAUAUAUGCCAUUUAGCAGACGCUUUUAUCCAAAGCGACUUACAGUCAUGUGUGCAUACAUUCUACGUAUGGGUGGUCCCGGGGAUCGAACCCACUACCCUGGCGUUACAAGCGCCAUGCUCUACCAACUGAGCUACACAGGACCACAAGUUGUCUUUGUCGAUGUAACUAUUGUGUGUUUUAUUCCAGUGUUGGGAGCAUUUAGUUCCAGUGUGGUUGUCAUUGAGUGUUGUAGUAUUAAUAUGACGCUGUGUUGCUUUAAACUACAUCAUGUUGUGUGUUUUUGAUUACAUGUUCGAAUGUAAAUUGCAUUGCAAAUAAAGUAAGGAUUUGUGGGGGCAUUUAUUAAAUUUAAAACGAAUCAGGAUUGUGAAAAGGGAUACCUUGCAAUAUGGAAUAAAUACUGAGCAACAAUAUAAACGCAACCAUUUUACUGAGUUUCUGGUCAUAUGACUUCGCUAGGGCCUAAUCUAUGGAUCUCACAUGACUGCGUAGGGCCACAGCCGUGGCUGGUCCUUGGCGAAGGAGAAAUACUCACUAACAGGGAUGGAAACACAUUGUGCUCAAAAUUAGAUAGAAAUAAUAUUUUGUACAUAAUGGAACAUUUCUGGGAUUUUUUUUCUUCAGCUCAUGAAACAUGGGACCAACUCUUUACAUGUUGUGGUUAUAUUUAUGUUCAGUAUAUAUGAAUAGUAUAAUAUAAUUCCUGGGUGAUAUUCAGGUUACUGGACAGACAGAGGUGAUUCUAUGUCUUAGACAAUAGAACUAGAAUCAUUAGAGGAGAAUGGUUCUAAUUCUACAGGGGAAACAUUUUGCACAGGGUGACUAGGAAAAUGCCUUAUAGGAAAACAUUUUAUCUCUUGAAAAAUUGUUUUGGUAUUCAUUGCUUUUUAUUUCCAAUAUAUUGUGAAGUGACUUUUUUCUUCUUACUGUUCAUGUCUCUGUUUUUUUGCUCAUUCUUUGGGAAGUAUAUUAAACAUUUCAUACACUGUG